AUGAACAUGAACGCCAUGAUAAGUUUAAAGCGAGAAGAAGCGAAGAACUCCCAAAAUGUAAACGUAAAUGUGGAGCCUAAAACCUCAGUAUAUCUUUCAACUGACCGUAUACCAUUAAGUGAAUCAGCCGUUAAAUCUCGAGAUAUUGAAAUAUUACCACCUCCACCCGAAUAUCCUGAAGUUAAUGAAGACGGAAAGAAUAAAAUUUAUUAUGAGCAACAGAUAAAAAAGCUUCAAAAUGAAAUCGAGGCAUUAAAUUUAAUGUUGAAAAUGAUAAGAGAUAACCCAAUAUUUAUUAAUAAAUUGGUUUUAGUCGACGACUGGGUAUUAAUGAGAUUUGUCGAUUUACUCACUGAUGCUGAUGAUGUACAGCUGGAUGUUGAAGAUUUAGGAAGCGGCUGCAUUACUCACAACAAAUACCGCAGGGUUAAUGCUAUAUACGUCAUUAAGAAUGGAGAGACUAAAAAUGUCAAAUAUGCUUACCCAGAAGUAAUGAAAAGAUUAAAGGAAAUAGGCGUAAAUGCCAAAAUAGUUUGGUAA